UUGGGCCAGAAUUGGAGGAACGCAACUGUGUUCUCCACGACCGGCAACUGUCCGCUGCACCUGCGACAACUUUCCAUUCCACCGGUGACUUCAACUGUCUGCUUCGGUGACCUCGUGCGCUGCACUUCACUGCCUUCGUCACUAUGCUUCUAGCGCUGCUCCUUCUACUUUGUCAGCAAUGUGUGCUGUCAAAUGUCAUCGAUGAAAAAUGCAGGGAGUGUAUUUGUGCGAACACGGACGGCCAUCCGGGCCCGGCCGAGGAGUGCGAGAUGCGCCCGUACCGCUAUUGCUUCAUGAGCAUCUACUGCGGCCCCUACGACAUGACGCACGACUACUGGCUGGACGCCGGCUCACCGGGCGGCGACUUUUACAACUGUAUGGUCGACUGGGCCUGCGCCAACCAGACCCUCGACAACUACAUCGACAGGUACUGUAUUCAGGAGGUCGUGGGACACGGCCCGCCCUGUAGCUGCGAGGAGCAGACGAGGAUUCAUCACUGCGGACCUUACGGGAUCAACACGGAACACUGUGACGAGGCCUGGCAAGUCUACGAGAAAUGUCUCAGUAACUGAUCGAGUUUCAUUAAAUUGGUCCACUUCAGGUGGCAAGUUUCCGAUGACAAUUCGGCUGUGUGCGGUGUGAUUUGUAAAUACAUCAAAUUUAGCCACAUGGUAUAGCGGGAAUCAUGUUGAAUGCGUUCUUGCUCACCGAGUGUUCUGUUCUACUUAUUGAAUUCAAUAAAAUCAGGUAAAUACUAAA